CUGAAGUAGCAAAUCUCAAAUUCCGCAGCGGGAGACGUCGUGACGUAGAUCGGAGAAGAUGAUCGCUUGCGUUGCCGUUGUAGGCCAUCAGAACAACCCACUGUAUCUACAGAGCUUCACCGAGGCGGAUGACGCUCUUAAGCUUCAUCACAUCGUGCAUUGCUCCUUGGACGUCAUCGAUGAGAGAGUGAAUAAUCCCAAAAAAUCCGGGACUACAUUGAAUGAGGCAUUCCUUGGCCUUCUUUAUCCAACUGAGAAUUACAAAAUAUAUGGGUAUUUGACCAACACAAAGGUGAAAUUUAUUUUGGUCACAACUGAUCUAGAUGUCAAAGAUGCCGAUGUUAGAAAUUUUUUUAGGAAGUUCCACUUGGCAUACGUGGAUGCAGUUUCAAAUCCAUUUCAUGUUCCAGGGAAGAAAAUAACCUCUAGAACAUUUGCUGAAAGAGUCAGUAACAUUGUGAAUACUUUCUGGUUGAAUACGGCUGUCUAAAGAACUCUCCUGCCUGUGUAAGAUUGGUCCUUAUCUUUUCUUUUUCUGUUUUGUUGGGGCAAACAAAGAUCUGACAUUA